CGUGGAUUUGACCCAUUAAUACUUGCCGUCACCCGCCGUCUUCAUGGACCCAUCCAUCCAUCCAUCCAUCCCCAUUAAAAUCAUCUCCUCUUAAAUUGAUCCCAUCUCCAUUUCCAUCAUCUCUGAUCCAUCGGGAAGCGUAAUUCCAUUCCAAUGGAGAUUUUCUCGGACAAACUGAGGUUGCUCCUCCUGGGUGUUCUUCCCCUGUUCUUGAUUCUCCGGAUCCUCCUCAGGACCUCCGUACCGCACCUCCUCGUCCGGUUAUGGCGGUCGGUGGAGGACCGGUGCCACGCGUACCAGUUCUUCACGGUCCCGCAGUUCAACGAGCAGCUUCAGGAGAAUCAUCUCUACCGCAAGGUCUCUGUCUACCUCAGCUCCCUGUCGUCCCUCGAGGACUCCGACUUCACGAACCUGUUGUCCGGCCCGAAAUCCAAUGACAUCGUGGUCCGCCCCGACCCCGAACGGCCGGUCCUCGAUCGGUUCCUCGGCGCCGAGGUCUCGUGGAAGAGCGAGGGCCUCGGCGGUAAUCGGUCGCUGGUAUUGAGGAUCAGGAAGCGGGACAAGCGGCGGAUCCUGAAGUCUUACCUCCAGCACAUCUUCACCGUCUCCGAAGAGAUUGAACAGAACACUAAGGAAAUCCGGCUGUUCACGAACUCGGGCCCAGUGGAGGGCGCCAUCGACGGACGGUGGAGAUCGGUCCCAUUCACCCACCCGGCGACGAUCGACACCAUUGUGAUGGACGGCGAGCUGAAGGUCAAGGUGAAGUCCGACCUCGAGGCGUUCCUCAAGUCGAAGCAGUACUAUCAUCGGCUCGGCCGCGUCUGGAAGCGGAGCUACCUCCUCCACGGCCCCUCCGGCACCGGGAAAUCGAGCUUCAUUGCUGCAAUGGCCAAGCUACUCUGCUACGACGUGUACGAUGUCGACAUGUCCCGAGUUUUGGAUGACUCUGAUUUGAAGCUGCUCCUGAUGCAGACCGCGAGCAAGUCGAUCGUAGUUGUGGAAGAUCUCGAUCGGUUCCUCCUGGAGAAGAAAUCGACGGCUGUGAGCCUAUCGGGCUUGCUCAGCUUCAUGGACGGGGUCAUAUCCUGCUGCGGAGAGGAGAGGGUGAUGGUGUUCACAAUGAACGGUCAGGAUCGGGUCGAUGAGGCGGUGACGAGGCCGGGACGGAUCGACGUCCAAAUAAACUUCCCUUUAUGCGACUUCACGGCGUUCAAGAGCUUGGCUAACAGUUACUUGGGCCUCAAGGAGCACAAGCUCUUCCCGCAAGUGGAGGAGAUGUUCCAGACCGGGGCGAGCCUCAGCCCGGCUCACAUCGGUGAGAUCAUGAUUGCAAACCGGUCAUCGCCGAGCCGUGCCCUCAAGUCAGUCAUCGGGGCACUCCAGACCGUCAACGCCAACAAGGUCGGGCAGCAGCGGCUGAGCGGGAGCACGUCGGGCCGGUCCAGCGAAGAAUCAAGCGAGCCUGCUUCAGUAUUCUGCAGGGAGAGCGUCCACACAGUCCGGGAGUUUAGGAAGCUCUAUGGUCUGCUCAAGAUGGGCAGCAGGAGGAAGGAGUCUAUCGACCUUAGCUCCGCCGAGAAGGAAGGAUCGAAGCAUGAAGCUUAGAUUCGCGGGAAUUCUCGAGCCACAAGCCGCAGAACCAUAGCAAUGAGGCCUGGGAAUGAAUAUUCUUUUCUCGAAUCGAUUAGCCGAAAUGGGAAAGAAUCGUUUCUCUUGUUAUAAUCUCGGGGGGCAUGAAAAGUUCUUGGGGGGUUUUGUCAAAUAUUGGAUGGGGAGAUUUUUGGGACAUUACAUUAGGAAACCUCGGAUUAAUGAAUGCCUAGGAUCUUUUUCUUUUUUUUUUUUGGACAAAUUUACUUGAUUGUAAUGCAUAAUUAUGACUUAGAUAUCUAUGAGAUAUUCCUGCUUUUCCAUCUUGCAUGAUCGUGGUGUAAUUAUCGAUCCAAUAGUCGUAUGAGUUAUGAAACCUUGGUGAACUUGUCGGA